AUGCCCAUUGCACUUCAGAACCGCGAUGCUGCCCCCCAGGACGCUAGACCUAUGCAAACCAUCGUUUCGGUCGUCUAUGUAACCGCUGAGAAGACAUUCUCUGGCGAAGCCGUGUAUGUCACAGCAGACAUGCCCGACACCAGGCCCUAUCGCUCUCUGCCUGCGGACCCAGAUUUUCCAGGCGCCAUCAUCCCGCGCCCUACCCAGACCGGGGAAGAAGAAGAGGCUUCAACGACUGCUCCACGGACCUCAUCGAAACCUCCAUCUUCCACAACACUUCCGACGACUACCUUAGCGGCUUCCCUUCCCCUAAUAUCGAGCACGCUGGAAUCGUCGGGUCUGUUGACGUCGACUCUUCCAACUAGUGCGGCUGCCGCGGCUAGCACUGAGAAUGCACAGCCGUCCUCGGCAUCGAGCGAAGGCAUGUCGGGCGGCGCAAAGGCUGGAUUGGCUUUGGGAAUCUUGAUUGCCAUUGGCGCGGUGCUUGCCUUGGUCCUACUCUUUUACCGCCGGAAGAAGCAGCAGAACAAAUCGCGAGAGGUGGAGGAUGAGAAGUUCGACAUGAGUCCCGCCCUCGCCCCUCCUCCUCCACCGGCUAAGAACACUGCUGCCAGUAUCCGAACUGCCAGGACAGCAUCAACAGCUCCGCGAUUGAGCCUUCGGCCAGUCACCGAGUUCCUACCCAACCUAGCAGGAGAUGGCAGGAGCACCAGCAACAAGCAGGAGAUGGUCGUUGCUCCGGGACCAUCUUCAAGCGCCGAUGCCAACGGCUUCCUUGCACCAAUGGCAGCAGCAGCAGGCGGUAGCGCCUGGGAGCGUCCAGGAGCUCACAACCAUCCUAACGAUCCCGCCAACCCAUUUGGAAACCAUGCGGAGACUAUUGAAUCGCGUAGUCCUCCCGGACCAGCCGAAAUGCUCGCAUCGACCACGCCGGCCAAGCCUGAAAUCAUCUCACCUGUUUCGCCUCUUGAGUCAGAGAAUUCGGUCCCCUUCGGUGCUGUUGCUGUUCGGGCUCAUGUUGCACAAAAUCCUCUCAGCGGGCAACGAAAUGGUGCAGGCCCGGCAGAGAUGCCGAAUCCUGCACCCGCGCAACCGACUGAGCUCCCUGCUGCUCCCAUACCUUCUCCUCCGGUUCUUGCGGCAAUCCCUGCCUCACCCGUUCCCCCGCCUAGCGCAAUGAACACUGUGCAUCGCGUGCAGCUGGAUUUCACGCCCAAUAUGGAUGACGAGCUUGACCUGCGCGCGGGUCAACUUGUCAGAUUACUUCACGAGUAUGAUGACGGAUGGGCCCUCUGCCAACGCAUGGAUCGCUCUCAACAAGGUGUCGCCCCUCGGACUUGCUUGUCGAAGCAUGCAGUGAAACCACGCCCGGCCAGUCCAGCUCAGGGCCGCCCGGGAGGUGCCUCUCCUCAGCUGCGCGGCCCUCCUAGAAGCCCUCUACCUCUCUCUCCGCCAAAUGGUCGCAACUCACCGGGUCCGUUUGCCCGACAAGCUGGCCCCGUGCCGCCGUCUGUCGGACGCAACCUCCCUAGCCCCUUUGCUGAACAACCUCGCUCGGCGUCUCCAACCGGCGGCCGUGGGCGCUCCCAGAGCAACGCGGCUUAUCCUGGAGCCCUUCGGUCCAUGUCGCCCGGCCCAUAUGGUGCGGGUCCAGGUCCUUCGAGGCCGCAGCCGUCGCGCCGCCGGUCUAACUCCGCCAGCGGGGUGACAGGUCUCAGGACGUCCCCUCCCGGUCUGAGCCCCAUGAAUCCUGCCGCCGCCGGUACUGUGCCACUGCGCAAACCCGUGCCUGGCCAGGCUAUAUGA